AUGGCUUCUAAAGAGUACACCGAAGAUGAGCGUCGGCAGCUCGAACAUGAGCUCAAUGUCAAGAUUCUCCCCAACACUGAGAUCAUGGCAGACAUAGGAAGCCACCCUUCCACUUGCUGGAAGACAGCAUACAUUUUGUCCACAGCUAUGGUGAAAUUCACUCAAAGCUUCGACGUGAGUAUCUUGGUGUUGGGGUUUAGCAACUUCAUCUGGGCCUCCAUCAGUACUUCCUUCGGUCGUAGACCAGUAUUCCUUCUCAGCCAGCUUAUCAACUUUGGCACUAGCAUGUGGCUUGCCAAAACUGAUUUCUACGGCUCGUUCAUGGGCGUGUGCAUUGUCAAUGGCGUUGACGCUGGACCGGCAGAGACCAUCAUGCCUGAGGUCAUUGCUGAUAUCUUCUUCCUGCACGACCGCAUUCUCAGGGUGGGACCCAUCGCCUCCGGCUCGAUGACCGAAGAACUCGGCUUCCGCAGCUUCUGGUGCCUCAACGCUAGGCUCAUUGGUGCCUCCUUCCUCAUGGUCGUUUUCAUGUUCCCAGAAACCCGCUUCAAGCGCGAGGACUCGUUAGCCGUCCCCACAAAGCACAUUCACACCGAUUCCCCUAACGAGAAAGGACACGCAACAACCAUCGAAAACGCCUUAAGCUCAGACGAUGGCGAAAUCCACCAUGUUACCACCGCAACUCCUACUGUUCCGAAUACAGCUCGGAGCCGGCAACGGCGCGUUUUUCAACCCAACGCGCACCCCUUCCGCUCCAGAUUCCUCGACAUCUGGAUCCCCUGGAAACUCUUCGCGUUCCCCAUCGUCAAAUUCGCCGCAUUUGCUGUAUCCUGGUCCUGGUCCUCCUUCCUGACCAUCAACCUCACGCAAUCCCAAGUCCUGUCGCUCCCACCGUACAACUUCCGCCCCGCAACUGUCGGCUUCACAAACUUUGCUAUCAUAAUUGGUGCACUCAUUGGGCUAUUUACGUCGGGCCCAUUGAGCGAUUGGAUUGCUGCGAGAGCUACGAGGAAGAAUGGCGGCGUGAGGGAGCCGGAGAUAAGAUUGCCUGCUAUGAUUCCAUAUGUUGUUGUUAAGUUACUUGGUAACAUUGUGGUUGCUGUGGGAUAUGAGAGGAAGCGGCCUUGUGAGGCUAUCGUCAUUAUUGGAUAUACUUGCGCAGAUAUUCAGGUCGCGGCGUUGCCGGGGAGUCAUUGUUGUGGGUCCAAAAGACCCUGA